AUGGCAAAAGGACACACAGCCCGUCUACGAUACAAAUACCCGUUACCUAUUCAUCCAAUCGAUGACCUGCCUGAUCUAAUCCCUCAGAAUCCUCUUUCAUGGGCCUAUUGGACAUAUUGUUACUUAACAAAAGUAAACUAUUUAAAAUUUAGGAUCCCAGUUGAGAUUAUCGGCCAAAAAUAUGUUCAUAUAUUAGUUAGAAACAGUUACCAUAUGCAAUAUCUUUGGGAAAAUGGGUUCUUUGGUACAGGCCAAUUUUCUCGUAGUGAACCUACUUGGAAAAACCGUACUUUGGAAAGGUUGAACAUAGGUCUGACUAAUACUAGAAUUAAUACAUUAUCUAACAAUACCAUCCCAGAAACAUUACAGUUAGAAGAAAUAACAAAACGUAGAAGAAUGCUAAGGAUUGAAUUUAAACAACAACGUGAAAAAUUGGAAAAGCAACUUCUACAAUUAAGAAAAAACAAUGGUAGUAUCGAAGAAGAAAAGGAAUUAUUAGAAAAAGAGAGGGAAAUGCUUCGAGAUUUUAAAGCAAAACAAUCACUUAUUGAUAUAGAACAUUCAUUCAAUAAUAAUGAGAGACUGGAAGAUUUCGAACUUAUAGAUACAAAUGGAAAUAUUAUUGAAUUAGAGGCAUUGGAAUUAUUACCAGUAGAAGCCAUAUUUUUAACAUUUUCUCUACCAGUUUUAAAUAUAUCUGUGCAAGAGUUGUGUUCUAGACUAGUACCCAAACCGGUUCAGAAUAUUAAGUAUGACGAUAUUCAGCUUUUAAUAAGAAAAUAUAUUGUUUAUCAUCAUUAUAGAUCUCGUGGUUGGUGCGUUAGGUCAGGUAUCAAGUUCGGUUGCGAAUAUCUAUUAUAUAAGAGAGGCCCACCGUUCCAACAUGCUGAAUUUUGUGUAUUGGUAUUAGAUGCAGAAGAGUCACAAGAUUAUACGUGGUAUUCUUCAAUAGCCCGUGUAAUUGGUGGUGCAAGAAAAUCCCUUGUUUUAUGUUACGUUCAUAAUGAGUUGCCAGAAAAAAAUAUUUUACAACUUUGGAAAAGUGGAAAUUUCACAGAACUUUUCAGUAAAUUCAACGUUGGUGAGAUAGUUUAUAAAAGAUGGGUUCCCGGAAAAAAUAGAGAUUAG